AUGACAGGCGCGUCCAGGCCUGCCUUUCAUUUCCCCGCUAUGACAGGCGCGUCCAGGCCUGCCUUUCAUUUCCCCGCUAUGACGCCAGUGAAGGCGCUGCUGCAGCUGAAGGAGGCGUGGGGCGUUUGGAAAAACAACAGCAACGCCAAUACGGCGUGCCCCCCCCCUCACCCUCCUCCCCUCCCGCUUCCCCCCUGUGCCGGCAGUGAAGGUGCUGCUGCAGCUGAAGGAGGCGUGGGGCGUGUGGGAAAGCAACAGCAACGCCACCACGGCGUGCUCUGCAUGGGAUGGCGUCUCUUGCAGCCCCAACGGGCUCGUCGUCGCCCUGUGAGUCUCGUCGCCCUGGAUGCAAAGAAGUUCGUCGAAGUGGAUCCUCCGGCCACUGGCUCCAUACCUGCUUCCAUCACUGCUCUCGCCACUCUGCAAUAUCUCGAUCUGACCUUCACGAGUCUGGAGGGGCCCAUUCCAUCCCUCGCCACCCUCACCGGCCUCACCCACCUAGCGAUUGGACUGGAUGGCAGCAGGCUCACCGGCACUCUGGACGGACUGGCUUGGCUCUCCUCCCUCACCAACCUGCGAACACU